CAUAAUUAUAACAAAUCACCACACAUUAACCAACUGGCGGAGCAACACUAGCGUCGCGCUCUCCCACGAUACUGUUCUAAUUGAGACAGGAACCUAGGCACUCCCUCCAUCAGUGAUCACCCAUUACAUAUUUGAUAACACUCGUAAAUUUAAUUUUUCUCGCUUGGACCAUUAGUGCAUCAGAAGCUUUUUCUAAAUGUUACUUUUUUUCAGAUUGGUUUUUAUUUUCAUUUUUUACAAACUGUAGCAAAUUAUUAUCGUCAUUUACAUUUUUAAUCAGAAGCUAAUUUUUUUUCUAAACAUGGCUUCAUAUGGGGGUCGUUUAAUGCCGACAUGAUAUUCACUAUUUUUAGCGAAUUACAACAAGAUGAUAACGAUAUAUAUCAGUUACAAGUCAAUGACUUCAUGAAGAUUUUUUCAAAUUUACAUCCAUCAAUAUCACUUGUUUGUGUAUGUGGAAAUCAUGAUGUUGGUAAUAUUCCAGAUGAAAAAUCAAUUGACCAGUAUCGUCAUAACUUUGGGCAUGAUUAUUUUUCAUUUUGGUGUGGGGGAGUACUUUUUUUAGUACUAAACUCUCAAUAUUAUACAAGCUGUAGUAAUGUAAAAGAACUUUCGGAAAAACAGGAUAAGUGGUUAACAGAAAAACUGAAUACUCAUAAGGGUCAAAGAAUAAUUAUAUUUCAACAUGUACCGUGGUUUAUUGAUAAUAUAGAGGAUAAUAAAUAUUUUAACAUAGAUACAAAUUUAAAACAAGAAAUGCUUGAAAAGAUGAAUUCAGCAGGUGUGUCCCAUGUAUUCUGCGGUCAUUGUCAUAGAAACUGUAAUAGAUACUAUAAAAACCUUGAAAUAGUUACCACUAAUGCAAUUGGAGCUACAGCAAGUGAAGAUCCUUCGGGAUUAAGAGUUGUUAAAGUAUAUGAAAACAAUGUUAUACAUACCUAUUAUCCACUUGAUCAAUUGCCAGAAACAGUAGGUUAAAAUGUACGAUUAAAUGUAAAAUGUUUCAGUAUAUAAAAUAAAAAAUCUAUUGAGUAAUAAAAAAUAAGUAUUAUA